CAUGGCCCUUGUCCCAUAGAAAUAUACAGAAUAUUUACUUUUUUAUCUUAUUUUCAGAAUAUAGUAGAUCUUCCAGAUAAUGUUCUGUUGAACAUAUUCCAGUUCUUCAAUGUGAUAGAACUUAUUAGAUCGUUUGCCUUUCUUCAUCCCAGGUUUAGUGACAUAAUCAACAACAACUCUGUGCUGUGGAAAACAGUUGCAUCUGAUGAUCAGCUCACUAUUAACAAAGACAACUUACAUACAAUAUUGAAACAUGCAAGAUGCAUAGAAGUAUUUGCAAUCAGCUAUCCAAUAUUACACAUCCC